CAUUAUUUUAUAUCAUAUACAACAUGGACGAUGGUCAGUACAUAUAAUCAUUGUGCUGCGUGGUAAGAUUGAAUCUUUGGACGUUAGUUGAUUCAAACAAUCAAAACAAAUGAUGUUUUAUCUUACUAUGGCAUAUGUGCCUGCCUACAUGUAUGUAUAGCAAUACGUAUAUAAAUAUAAUAUGUAAUUAUCUACGAAAUGGAUAGUAACAUCGCAAUAGAAUGUUCAAUAGCUCGUCAAUCUACACUAAUUACAAGUUACACAUGAAUUAGCUCUCUUGUACACAGCGUAGCCUCCUUGCUUUUUAAUUAGCUGUGUUGUAGAUUGCUAUCCAUUAUGGGCGUCGAUAGGUGUUAAUAACCUCGCUGGCCAUUAAUUAAAUGAUCUAGCGCCAGCCCCAGCGAUUAAUUAUAUAGAUUACAACGAGUCAGGGUUUAGAUGCCUGGUCGAGAACACAAAGGCAACCCGUUGAUUGUUGUUUUAAAACACUAACCAAGCGAAUUUUCAAUACUGAGAUGAGUACGCCACUGACGUUAAUUAACGCUCAGACCAUCUUUCAGAUAACUAUACGUUAAUCCCGUAUUAUUGUAUUAGUUCGGCUUACCUUGCGUCCCAAUCAAAAUACCAGGGAAGCUUUGUUCAUUUAAGAUAUAGGUGUUUACCUUUAUGAUAUACCAUGUUGGCUUAGAUGUUACGACCUCUAAUUAGUAAUGGUUAGUGGAUAUUUGGACAAAGAAAUCAGAGUUCAAUGUGGAAACAGAAUAUUGUAAGGACUAUGUCUAAUUCAAAUACAGAAUCCAAUGGCCAUUAUGGCAACAAACUGAAAAGAAACAGAACAUAUUUUAGUCCGUUUCAAACCAAAGCAAUGGAAGAAGUGUUUCGUAACAGUCAUUUUCCUGACAAACAACAGAUAGAAAGCUUAUCCAGACAUAUAGAUGUAACAGAUAGAUCUUUACAGGUUUGGUUUCAGAAUCGCAGAGCAAGACUAAGGAAAGCUUCACCUCGAUCACUGACGGAAGUAAUGGUAGAGAGUUUUGAUAACUCUGCCACAGGAAAGAAAACGUCCACACCGAAAAGUCGUUUAGAAUCAAAAUCACAUCCAUACUUUCCGAUACCAAAAAAUACACCAAACACUUCGGCGAAACAGGAACAUAAAGUAAAAGAGGAGUCUGAACAAGGAAUUCGCUAUCAGUUGCAUAGAACACAAGAUACAGAAACCGUGUCGAAUAAAGAAUCAACCACCCCCGCACGUAUUGAGAACUGCCACGUUAAGUGGGGUCCUCCAGAAUGUGGGCAAUCCGAUCCUGGAUCGACUCCACCGACAUCUGCAUUACGUUUAGUAGAAGAGAUCAAGAGCCCAGAGAAACUGAACGAUGACUAUACAUUUAUGCAAAUGAACUAUCAAACGAGUUGUGGCAAUGUUUUGGAUUUAAGUUCUUCGAGCAACUUGUGCAAAACUCCUAGUCCAAAAAAAAAUAAAACGGCUUUCCACAGUCCAGUAUUACAACAAUCUCCUGAUGAACAUUCUUCUGUUUUAAACCUUUGCGUGCGUGAUAACAGCGAAACAGAAGCACGGAUCAAUUCUCCAUCCAAAUCCAAAUCCCCGAAACUUACACCAGCAGCUCUUUUCCCUAAUAUUGUUCACCCCUACCAUAUGUACGGUUAUCCUCCGGGCGUUCAAUGUUUUCCACCAAUCCCGAUGCAACCUUAUCACCCAGCAAUGUUCCCGUUUCCCGCCACACUCAACCAAUCUGAACUAAAUAGAGUGACGUAUUUUCCCAUUCCCUAUCCGCAAGAAAUAACAAUAAAGAAAGAAAAAGUUAAGAAGUAACACCUCAAGAAAAUUCCUGUUCUACUAUUUUGGAAAUCUAGUGUGUUGUGUAGAUUUUCUAAAUGAGUUAAUA